UGGGCACAUGCAUUUUUGGUUGUAUUUUGUGCCCCUCUUUGCCCUCUGAUGCUUGCUGUGGCGUCUAAACAUUUACUUAAAAAAAAAGGGGGGGACUCCCCACUUUGUGUCACAUUCAGACUUCGCCUGACGCUCAUUUACUCCAACCACCUCUAGCCUGCCCAAUCGUCUGAAGGCUCGGGGAAGAUCUGUCCGAUGAUUAGCCCUCUCCGACAGACGGGGAUUAAAGCUGCUGAUCUCUAAUUAUUAUAAAGCAUUCGUCAGCACAUUUAUCCAUCCAUUUCAGGGGCCGGCAGUAAAGCGGAGGCGGAGAGUGUGGAUGUCCUGUUAGGGGCUCUUUCUCUGCGCGCGCGUGUGUGUGUAUGAGACGAGGCCUGGAGCCGACCAACGUCGGGGGACUCAGGAACUGGGAAAUCCUCCCGAGGCAAGUCCCACGACGCAGACACGCCACGCUCCGUUCAGCUUCCUCCCUCCUUCCCUCCCCACGCUCGCAUCCUGUGCUUUUCGGCUCAAGAUGGCGGUGCAGGCAGCAGAAAAGGACGGAAUAAACAUGGACGGGGAUCACACGCUGAACGACUCACCGGAGAACCCCGGUCUGAUCUCACCCGACAAGGAGGAUUUAUCUCGUCUUUUGACGGUGCCUUUCAGCGGGCGCAUUCGCGGCGGAAUGCGACCGGGGAAGAAGAUCAUAGUGAUGGGCAUCAUCGAUCUGGAGCCAAACAGCUUCGACGUCAGCCUGACCUGCGGACGGGAUUCGGAAAAGGAUGACCCGCCGUUCGACGUGGCCCUGGAACUCACCGCUAGCUUCAGCAACCGGCAGUUUCUGCGGCGCGCCCGCAUCUCAGGCAAAUGGACAGAUGAGGAAGCUUCCACUACCUACUUCCCUUUCAUCCCUGACCAGCCUUUUAGGAUUGAGAUCCACUGCGAGCACCAGCGCUUCCGGAUAUUCGUGGACGGACACCAGCUCUUUGACUUUUACCACAAAGUAAACUCCUUGCCCUCAAUCGACACAGUACGGAUACAAGGAGACCUACAGAUCACCAAGCUCGGCUAACGCUCCCUGCUCUUCCCACUCGCAGGAGAUCUAUUUUGCGCGUGUGUGUGUGUGUGUGUGUGUGUGAAGCAAAGACUUGAUCACAAAUGACCGCACACACACGCAGACACACUAGCGCUUUACAUCGUCACCGGUAAGGGGUGAACUAGCUCUCUGUUUAGGAUUUCUCAACUGUUUUUCUCCAGUCGUGAGGAUAUAACGUGUUUCUGCUCAUUUUCUUCUUUUUUCUUUUUUUGUUUUCAACUAAUUUAUCCAAUCAUUAAUUUAAGCUCUAAAGUAAAAGCAAACCUCUAAAAUUGAAAAAUGAAAAGAUUGUUUGCGAGGAAAAUUUGAGUUCAAGGUGGGAAAAUCUACUGUUUGUUUUUUGAUUGUGAUCUUUGCUUUAAAAGAUUCUUUAAUAGAAAUGAUACUUCAGAUGAAAAAAACUGAAUCUGCUCAUGUUGUUCAACACGCAAGCAAAUUUACCAGUGACUGCUGCAGAAUGGGUUUUACUCCAGAUAAAACUGAUGUCAGUAGAAACGUCAGUUUUUGGGUUUUUUUUUCCCUGUAUGCUUGGUUUCAAUUUUUUAUUUUUUUUUCAAAGCUCAGUCAUGUCAAUUCAGUUCAAAUUUAAAGUCUUAUUACUGCAGAACUAAAACUUUCCGGCCUAUUUGUUACUUUCCGCCGUUGCACUUUCAACUCUUGUGCUCUCCAUGAGGUUUAUCCUAGUUUACGUGAUGAUGUGCUGCAGCCUCCCCGACCCAAAUACCUAAAAACCAGGAUUAUAUCGAGACGUCCCAUAUUGCCGUGUGCUGCGUUGGCAGGCUGAUUUCUAGUGACUCCUGCAGAUGGGAAGCAGAAAAUGAUGUUGAAAUGACUUAUUUUGUGCAAUUGGCUUAACUUCAAGAAAUCCCUCAAACCUGAAAGCAGGGCCACGUCAUUGUCGGUACUUUGAAUGUACGAUGUGCAUGUUUCCAUGGUCGUGCGGGCGACAUAGCGAUGUACAUAAUUAAUUUAAAAUGUUUAACAGUUCAGUUGUUUUUGCAGUGUGGCUGUCGAUGUCACAGUUCAGGAACGUGUGUGGGCUUUUUAUUUGUGUUUUCUGAAUCUUUCCACACCAGCUCAGAGCGAGGCGGAGCUUUAUGGUCACCAGCAGCUCCUUCUGAAGUCUUACCAGUAACAAUGCGACGCACCAGUCUGUCUCUAUGAUUGUUCCGCUACGUGCAGAAGAUCCCUUUUUUUUAUUUUCCUCGGUUGUGACAACUCUGCACUAAUUGUCGUCUUAAAACUGGUAAAAGUCGUACUUCCUGUUGGUGCUGCGAUUUCUCCUCUUCCAGUGUUAACAUUUUUACUGGGUUGUAAGUUCCAUAAGAUGAAAUGUACUAAAAUUUCACAGAGGAAGCAAAGGCUGUGGGUUGCCAAGUUGGGAUAUGCUGAUUAAAAUGUAGCAUAUUUUGUCAACUGCCAUGUUACCGAGUAUUAGACAAGUUUAUGGAGUAUUACUUUAAAAAAAUAUUCUGCAUUGAUGUUGCAUCUAGUUUCUCUGAAUUCAGAAUAUGGAUCUGGAAAUUGCAUCAAAAUUUGUUGAAUUGUUAAUCAUUAUUACAAAUAAUGCAAUUAUCUCCACUCAAUGUGCUUUAACACUAAAGAGACGUUUAAUGUAAUGCAAAAACAGUUUCUUGCUGCAAUGUUUACUAUGUUUAUUUGGUGGAUACCUCCAGCUUUGUAAAGACGUCAAGGGGCGUUUUUUUUUGUUAUAAUGAAAUCUGAUCUGUAAGAAGCAGCUGAAAUUUUUUUAUUUAUUUUUAUUUUUUCAUAAUCUUGCUGUAAUGUCAUGAAAUAGAUAAUAGUAACUUUAAACAACCAGUCACAAAGCUCAUUUUUUGCUGUGGAUAGAGUAAAACUGAUAGUCUGGAAGAAAAAUUGCCACGGAUUGGUGACAUUGAUCUAGACUGAAUCUGUCUCAGGCCUUGUACACACAUAACCAGGUCUUUCUCUAAAAACAAAUAUUGUACACAUGAAAUCUGUUUCUGAAAAGUUUUCAUCCACAUUAACUUGGAUAAAUACGGCUCUGAGUGUUUGUUUUAAACAUUGCACACCCACAGAGGGCGGUGUAGUGCUAAGCUAAAACCAAUGUCAGCCAAUCAGAUUGCUUGAGAACAACCACAACUUCCUGUUGGGGAUUAAACAUGGCGCCAGGAGGUUCAUUUUUGUGGAGAGGUUGAACUACUUUUAAAUCGUAUUAGAAUAUGAAGUUAAAAAACACAAAACAAUGUUGUUUGGGAACCAUUUCAAAGUGAGCAUGUGGAUAUGUUGGCUCAUGAAUACGCAGGACUCUAAGUCUCCGUUUCACCCAUAUACACACGGAAAGACAAAUAUGAAGGGGUUUUUUUAAAAUACAGACUUUGGUCUGAGUUUAUAUAAAUGCGUAACUUUAGUGAUAUUAAACAGUUUUUGUGAGGGAGAAAGGCCAAAAUGAAUAAAAGAAUUUUGUUUUCCUUGAUAUCCGGCUACGUGUGGACUAGGCCUAAGAUUCAAACAAAACUAGAGAACAAUGUUUUAUUUGUUUUUUUUCUUGUGAAGGAUAUUUUUAAGAAAAUUUUGUAGAAAGCAAUUUGCCACAAAUUUGACCUCGGACACCAUCUGGUGUACUCCACGUUGAUGGCAAAGAGUUCAAAGGUUUUUUCUGGAAUAAGCCAUGGCGUCUGUGCCCUAAGCGAUGCGCUGACUUCACUGCCUAGAACUUCAUCCGCCAUAUCGCGUUUUACACGUUUUCUUUUUCUCCUCGUGCAUCAAAAUCUCACUGUGGUCGCUAACUGCUCAUUCUCUCCCUACUGGUGCAAUAAAUAACGUUGCUGCUGUGUGAGCGAAGGCUGCUCUGAGGCAGAGCGCCUCUUUGAACCGGGUCUUCCUGAGUUCAGUCCUUGUUCUUCGCUGGCAGGCGCUCGUUUAUUUCGGACACAAACAGAAAGCGCGGUGUGGAAUGCGAGUGCGCCGAGAGGUCAGAUCAGAUCUGUACAUGAUGUGUAAAUGUGCAUUGAUGGCGUUUGAUAUACUUUCUUUUUUGUUUUUUUGUUUUUUUAAGUUUACGAACAGUGACUAUUGCUACUGCCUCAACAUGUUGGUAUGGUCUACGUGACGAGUGAGAGUGACUCGGUGGUACGGUGCUGGUGGUAGAUGUGUGUUCGGUUCAGCGUCAUGUUUACAGAGUUGACUGCUGCAGGAAUUAUGGGGGAGGGAGAUAAACAAUUGAUAAAUUAUAGCUCUGUGUUUAUGUCAAGCUUUCUCAGCUGGGACUCUCUGCGCCAGUCACAAUCGGUCAUUUGCAAGUUCGUUUUUUUUUUUUUUGUGGGUUGUACUAGGCAUGUGUCUAAAUCAGAUCCUCACGGUAUAAUGUGGCCAGAACCAAAGGGUUUUAAGGUAAAAACAAAUGCAUAACAUUCUAUGGUUGCUUUUAUUUAACACCAUAAAUGUUCCUACUGCUGCUAAAAUAGUUAUUAAACUGCAUAUUACAAGUUUAAUAACAUCUAGAGUAAUUUUUUGUUACUCUGAUUUCAAAACAAAAACCUGAGCAAAAAAAAGCGACUCCUGAAAUUAAUGCUGAUCUUUUUUGGAUGGCUCUUUUUGGGUAGGAUUGUCAGGCUUAAAGGAGGCUUAUGGUGCAAAAUUUGUAUUCUGCACUUUUUUGUACUUCCGUUCGAGUUUCUACUGCUUCUAAAAAGUGCUUGGAGGGGGAAAAAAAUCCACCCAGAUGUUUUUUUUGUGUCUGGAAAAAUGACCUGUUUCAAAGUACUCCACAAAUCAGCAGGAACUGCGCCUCACCUAGUAACCCAAGCGAAACUCCAGCACGUUGGUCAGCUGUGUGCACUGUACAAUGGCUGCUGGAAAAGAUGAGAGAGUUUUGUUGUUGACUCACCAUACAGACACCAGUUGUUGGUUGCACAGGAGGCUCUACUAAUGCUUUUCAAAUGAUGUACGGUUGUAUAAUUACUCAUGUUUUGUUAUUUUCACGUGAGUGUAAACGUUGAGCUGGAGGGCGUGGCCAGCAGCGGCUCAUUUGGAUUCAAAGUGACAAGAGGCCCUAAAACGCCUCAUUCUGAAAACUGACCAGACUGAAAACCGGAAGCAAAAAAUAUAAACAUGUUUUUGUUUUUUUAAUAGACCUAUCCUAACCUGCUCACAUAACAAGUCACCUUUAAGUGUUAAUCAAUGCUUCUAUAUUUGCUACACCGUUACUGUAUGAAAGUAUUUCUACACAGUAGAAACAAGAAAACAAAUGACGGUGUACAGCAACAGGUGUGAGAGGGGCAGCAGCUUUGUCACAGCCAAACCCAACUGUUGCACCUUCUUGACCAUCUCGUUGAAAAGAAAAACGUCAAACUGUUACGAACGGUAUUCAGGAAACUUUAGCAUUUUUUUUUGUUGUUUUGUUGCCAAGGCAUUGCAUGGAUACCUUGACCCCAGUAUCCAUGCCUAGGUUGUAACCAUGUCUGCAGACCAUGAUGCACAUCGCAUAACAACCUUGUAGGGUACUCGUAUGUUCCUUCUUUGUUCUGGUGCACUUUAACCCAACCUUUGAGGCUCCCGCUUUGAUACGUGCGCUCAGAAAGCUUCUGUUCUGUACUUGUUGAUCUACUUAUGAUCCCAUAAAUCCUCCACAGCGUUACGGAAGGUAAACUCUGGGAAAUGUUUUUUGUUUUUUCUUUCUUAAAACUCCAGACUGUUCCAUUAUUUGCUCUGCAAACCCAUUUAAAAUGGGAAAAUGUAACCGAAGAACUGAAUGUCUCUCUCUUUCUGAUUGUAGCCGGUUUGAACACAACCCGGCUCCUGCUGCCGCCAGAAUUUAUUCCCAGCUGUGUUCAAGUAAGAAAAUCCACGUCUUAUUUGGAAAGCUUCCAGUUGAAGCGUGUGCUACCCUAUUUUUUAUUUAUUUAUUUCUUUUAAGAUGUAGAUACUGGUGGGUGUGGCCUCAGGGGAUUUAUUUUGUACAUUUUAUGAAUGAGUUAUGAGGCAUAAAUGCGUGCGUGGCAGCUCGUAAACGUAACUGUUAACCCCCCACCCCAGUUUCUGGUUUGGUCUAGCAUGCUGUUCAUUUUCUCUUCAUCAUUCAAUGUUUGUUGAGGCUGUUUACAGAAAAGUAUGAGUAGAAAUGUUCUGUUCCAGUACACACCUUGAUUGCAAGCUGAAGGAUUAGGAAGAAGAAAUACCAACUAUUUCAUAAUAAAUAUUUUUUUCCUUCCAGUUGGAACAACUUUCUCAAAGUGCGACAAACUAAAACGGCUGUUGUGUGAAAUACUCCGUCCCGUUUAUUUACAAAAGUGUCCUAGUAGAAGUAGGCCGAUCGCUUCCUAAUGUGUUGUGUGGUUUGUACAGGUCAUUUUCUAAUAAUUUAUUGUAACCUGCAGGUUCAGUGAGCCUGCUCUAUGACGCUGUCUAAAUAAAAGGCAUAUUGAGAA